AUGGUCCUCCCCGACGAAGUCUUCGACGAAUGCGUCGCAAUCCUUCAAAACACUUCUCUCCUCGAAGAAGAACAAACCGAACAAGUCGAAGAUGUCAUCAAAUCCCGAACCGGCCUCACCGGAGCCGCUUUGGAGGCCCAGACCCUCGAUGUUCUAUGGCGUCACAGAGCUCAAGUCUCACCCACAUCCUCUCCGCCUCCUCCACGAGCCACAAUCAUCCGUCGUUCCUCGCCGGCUCCGUGGCAGAUGGCCGGUCGCACGGGAACUCCCGUCGGAACUCCACCUCCCGGUUUCGCCUCUAUAGCUACAACCAGCCUUCUCAACCAUGUCAAUAGCAGUCCGUUCCCGAGUCCUCGGCCGUCACCUUUAUUGGCUUAUUCUUCACCGCGAAUCCCCCAUUCGCCGUCUUUAAACGCGUACGAAUAUGCUACUGACAUUAUUACGCCCGAUAUAUACGGUGACUAUGGAUCCGAGAACGUCGCGUGGUUGGUCGCGGAUGAUAAUCCGACGAAUUAUUUGUCUUCUCGGGGGGGACUUAUGCAGCAGGAUAACUUGACCCCUCAUGAUAUGCUGCGCAGCGUGUUGGGGGAAGGACGUACGGAUGAGGAGAUAUCAGCCGCGUUGGAGACGUGCGGGUAUGAUCUUUCUGCUACUUUAUCCAUGCUUAUGGAUCAAGAGGGGAUUACGGGGAAUGGGAAUGGGCACGGUGGGAUCAAUAUCGAUGUAUUGAGGACACCGGAAGGGAGGUAUAGUCACCUUAGUGGUGAGGGGAUGACGAUUGCUACGGGGAAGAAUACGGCUUUGACGCCGGGAGGUGGGGAGUAUGGAAGGAGUCCUGGACGACCGACGACGCCUAAAGUUGGUGUCGUUUGUAGAUUCUUCUUGUCGACUGGUAGUUGCUUGAGGGCGGAUUGUAGGUUCAGUCAUGACACGUCUUCGACGAUAUGCAAGUAUUGGGUAAUGGGCUCCUGUCUCGCCGGAGAUACCUGUAUCUUCUCCCACGAUCCCACCCAAUCGGCCAGUAAACUCAUGGACCAACAGCGAGCCGCGACAUCUACUCCACCUCUCCUACACUUUCAAGAUACCACCGCCUUCCCAGCCCUCGGCGGCGACCUUACCUCUUCCCCUUACAAUAAUGGUAGAUCCGGCGACCCAUCCAACAACCCUACCCUUUCUCCACCCCCAGGUUUCCGCGCGCUAAACAUCUCGCGUCCAAACUCACGAGCUCAGAACCGUGCUCCGAGUCCCAUGAUCCCAUCAGUCGACGAUACAGACGCGUUCCCAUCCCUCGGUAGCUUCAAAACCGGGAAGAAACAUCAAAACCGACGGAACAAUAGGAGUAACCUCACAGAAGGUAUUACGGGUUCUCCAGGACAAAACAUUCCUACGGGACCAGCUAGUCUGGCAGAUGUAGUCCGUAUGUCCCCUUCACCAGGUCCAUACAACCGUAACAACCGCUUCAACAACCACAUCCAAAACUCCCCACCACCGUCCUUCGCAGUCCCUGGGAAACACCGAAACAACCAUCGCAACAACAACAAUAAUCAUAACGGUGGGAAUGGUCCACCAGGUGCAAACUUCCCAUUAUCAGCCGCAGCAGCAGCGAUACCACCGCCCCAGCAGAUCCCAUGGCUGGACACCGGAAACGCCAUGAAUAAGACAUACUUGAAACACCGACAGACGGCUAUUAAGCAUGGUCAACUGCGGAAUAAGUAUCUUAGUGCAGCAGCAGCAGCAUGGGCUAGGAAUGACGCCAAGGCUGCGAAGAGUUUGAGUAAUAAGGGACAACAGGAGCAAGCUGAGAUGAGGAAAGCGCACAGAGAAGCUGCGGGGGCUAUUUAUGAGCAGAGACAACGUGCGUUGAGGAAUGGAGCGUCUGUUGGUAAUGGUGGGGUUGUUGUUGAGUUGUUUGUGGACUUACAUGGCCUCCACCCAGAAGAAGCAGUAGAAUACCUCGAAAGAAUCCUCCUCGAGAAUCAAAAGUCCUCGCAACCAUUAUAUGCAAUCACAGGUACAGGUCACCAUUCUAAAAACGGAAAAGAUAAAGUACAACGAUCUGUUCGUGCUUUCCUGGAUGAAUGGAAAUACGUAUAUCGUGAAUUCUCAGCACAGGGGGAUAGAGGCGGAAUGGGUGGGAUAUUAGGUAUCGACCCCGGUAGCUUUGAUAAGAGCUAUGUUAAGGGCGAAGGGGGUAGUGGUGGUAGUGGUGGGGAGAAUGGGAAUGGGAAUGGGAAUAAUAUACAGAUUAAGAAGAAUGGAGCGGGGAAGGAGGAGCAUACUGAUGUUUUUGGGAUUGAUGAUGGGAGUUUGGGGGAUGGAGAUGCGGUUGAUGGGAAUGGGGAGGUGUUGAAGCGGAGGGAUGAGAUUGUGGUUAAAGUCAAGGAAGGGAAGAAGAAGAAAGGGAAUAAAGGGGAGCAGAAUGGGGAGAAGCAACAGGAAGUUGAGGAGAAUGGGAAGGGGGAGGAUCAAGGGGGUGAAGCGACGAAGAAUGGUGGUAGUGGUGGUGGUGAUGAUGAGGAGGGGUUGCUGGUUAAGGAUGGAGGACAUUUACCUGCUGCAGGUGCGGCGGGGGAUUUAGUAGUGUGA